AGUGAACUCUGAUCCCAGGUAUAUUUGCAGCACUGACUGGGCUCUCCGAGGAUCAGAGAGAAGCUAAAGCGUUCUGUUGGAGAACGUAACCAAGAACAACACCACAACCUGCUGUGUUGGUUCCACGGUAAAGAGUCUAACCUAAGGAGCUUCUCGUCGUCACUGAGUUAAGGGAGAUGAAGCUGGAGGUGCAGAUCGAGCUGCUGAAGUUCUGCUGUGCAGUUUUUAACAUCCUCUUCCUGGUUCUGGGUCUGAUUAUAGCCGGAUGUGGAGUCUGGAUCCUGUUUGACAGUGGAAGCUUCCUGAAAAUCCUCACUUCUGAGGGAUCAGAGGACUUGCGUGUGGUGGCGGCGGGCCUGCUGGUGAUUGGUGGAGUGGUGGUGACAGUCAGUGUCAUUGGAUGUGUUGGAGUUAACAAACAGAACAGAUUCCUGCUGCUGGUGUACAUCGGCUUCCUCAUCGUCGUGGUCCUGGGUCAGAUGUACAUCACAGUGCUGCUGCUCCUUAACAGAGAUAAGAUUGAACGGAGUCUGACUGCAGCCGUGGAUCGGGUCAUCUUUGAGUAUGGAAACAGCAGCCGUGUCGACACACUGCUGGACAACGUGCAGCACUAUGGGAACUGCUGUGGGAUGAGUAAUUCCAGUGAUUGGCUAAAGAACUCCUACAUCCAGAGUCUGAACCUGUCGAGUCCAGACGUGCUUCCAUGUUCCUGUUUCAGCUCAUUUCCCGCCAGCUUAAGCUCACCCUGGUGCUCCGAGCUCCUCAACUUCCCCGAGCCGCUGUUUGGACGAGGAAAUGGCACUUUCAGUAAGGGUUGCAGAGACAAGCUCACUGAUUGGCUGCAGGAGAACGCAGUGACCAUCAUUGUUAUAGACCUCAGCCUCAUCUUGAUUCAGAUUCUUCAGUUCACUGUCGUUGUGUUCCUGUAUCGCGCAUUUGGUAAAAAAGCGGCUCUGAAAAGAUCCAGUUUGCUGGUUGACCACACCCCUAACGAUGACCUGGACUAUGGAGAGGAGAACUAUGCCUGCGCAGAGCCUGAUGGUGGUUACGUAGACAUCAACAACACAAACUUUGUAGGUCCCAACCACCCAGCCUACACUCCUGAUGACUCCUACCAGACAUACAGUGAACCGGCUUAUCGCUACUAGUCGGCUUUACCAAAAACCUAAACCUUUGGCUGGAAAAGGAAACUUCUGCUUCUGAACUGUUCUAGAUUGUAAAGGCCUUUUGUGACCACCAAAACAACUUAAAGUGACCAUAAGGAAACCAGAAUCCUCCUUUUUCCCCUGACUCUUUCACAAUCAGCAUCAUUUAAAGAAUGAAUGAAACCAUUUUAAGGAUAUUUAAAGCUGUGAUGACAAGUAGAACUGCAUAUUACACCUCUAUUGUUCCUGCAAUAAUCAUUACAACAAUAAUGUACAACACAUCUAUUACUAUUUCUUUCUCGUUUUGCUGUCUGACAACAGAAAUACAAAAAUCUGUAAAUGAGAACAGCCGAACUGUGAAUUCAGAGUAUUAAAGUGCAGUAUAUGUGAGCACAGAGAGCAGGAGAGAAGCUUACAAAUGUAAACAGCAGCUGAGUUUAGGUUGAACUGAAGCCCAACAGAUGACAUGAAAACACAGUCACCCACCUAGUGCUUGUUUAUUGGUUUAAAUUAAAGUUUCCACCAACUCUGAA